UGGCGCGUGUUUCUGCCUUGGGGGGAUAAACGGAGCACUUUAACGGUUUAAUAACUCAUCUUUUCUCACAGAUUCAGCACCCCUGACCCAUCGCACCAUGGCAGAUCCCGAUCUUGACUUCACGACCGGAGAGUCUGGCGCCUCCGCCACCUACCCCAUGCAGUGCUCUGCUCUGCGUAAGAACGGAUACGUGGUGCUGAAGGGACGCCCCUGCAAAAUCGUUGAGAUGUCCACCUCCAAGACCGGCAAACACGGACAUGCUAAGGUUAACAUGGUUGGCAUCGACAUCUUCACCAACAAGAAGUAUGAAGAUAUGUGCCCCUCCACCCACAACAUGGAUGUUCCCUCCAUUAAGAGGAUAGACUACCAGUUAGUUAACAUCGCUGAGAGCUACAUGUCCUUGAUGAGCGACAACGGAGACAUCAGGGAGGACCUGCGUGUUCCCGAAAACGACAUCGGCAAGGAAAUCGAGUCAAAGUUUGAAGCCGGUGAUGAAUUCAUGGUCACCGUGAUUUCUGCCAUGGGGGAGGAAUGUGCUGUCGCUACCAAGGUCCUGGCCAGCAAAUAAAGGAGGGGGGAGGAGACGGACUUCGCUGCCCCCGUCGCCCGGGGCAACAAGCACCACCCACAACCAGUCUCUUUGCAUUCUCAUUGGUUCUGUCACCAAAGCGUCGGCCUUCACAGACAACCUCAAAUCAUUCUGUUGUGAUUUUUCUCUCCUCCAUCAUCAUCAUCAUCAUCAUUGAUCUUUAUAAUUAUUUUCUCCCCC